UCAGAUUGACUCUGAGCUUGCUAGCUGCUCUCUUUGUGUUUUUACUCCGAUGUCUUGGGCGCUUGCAAGCGACAACGACCUUGCAAGGAAUAACGCUGCAUUUUAGCCUUCUUUGCUUGAGUAUAUACAGCAAUCCGAGCAAGAUUUCCAGCUGAACUCUCAUUUGUCCACACUGGCCAGUAUCCACAAGAUCUACCACACCCUGCACAGGCUGAACCUGACAGAAGACGUCAGUCCGGAGACUCACGGUACAGCCUGCUGCUCCAGAGCCAUGCCCCCCAGGAAAAAGAGGAGACCCACUGCUGGAGAUGACCUGUCUGCUAAGAAGAGCCGGCAGGAUAAUGUUUACAGAAAACAGGAGACAUUGCAAAUCCAGGAAGCCGAAGCUUUUUCUAGCAAGAGAUGUCUAGAAUGGUUUUACGAAUAUGCAGGGUGUGACGAUGUUGUUGGACCGGAGGGCAUGGAGAAAUUCUGUGAAGACAUAGGAGUGGAGCCAGAGAACGUAGUGAUGCUGGUAUUGGCCUGGAAGCUUGAUGCCCAGAGUAUGGGUUACUUCACUUUACAGGAGUGGCUCAAGGGAAUGGGCUCAUUGCAAUGUGACUCUACUGAAAAACUCAGGAACUCUUUAGACUACCUGAGGUCUGUCCUCAACGAUGCCACCAGUUUCAAGCUCAUUUACCGAUAUGCCUUCGACUUUGCCAGGGAGAAGGAUCAGAGGAGUUUAGACUUGAAUACUGCCAAGUGCAUGCUGGGACUUCUGCUUGGGAAGACCUGGCCAUUGUUUCCAGUGUUUAACCAGUUUCUAGAACAAUCGAAGUAUAAGGUUAUAAAUAAAGAUCAAUGGUGCAAUGUUCUAGAAUUCAGUAGGACUAUCAACCUUGAUCUCAGUAACUACGAUGAGGACGGGGCCUGGCCAGUGCUUUUGGACGAGUUUGUGGAGUGGUAUAAAGACAGAGAGAUGUCGUAGCGA